CCGGGGUCGAGGCGAGGCCAACAAUACGCCUGCUGCCGCAGGAGGAGUUACGAGCCGGGCCGCGCGCUGCCUGAAUACCUAAACCAGGUUUAGCGCCUGCUCAUAUAAAGCUCUCCUAACCCGUCUUCCGGUGGGAAUUUCUUCACGUGGGCCGGAGUCGGAGACUGAGUUUAGCUUUACUGUGGAGCUCUAAAUUUAGGCGGGUAUGAGUGAUUUCAGUGAAGAAUUAAAAGGGCCUGUGACAGAUGAUGAAGAAGUGGAAACAUCUGUGCUCAGUGGUGCAGGAAUGCAUUUUCCUUGGCUUCAAACAUACGUAGAAACUGUGGCCAUUGGUGGGAGAAGGAGGAAGGAUUUUGCUCAGACAACAAGUGCUUGUUUAAGUUUUAUCCAAGAAGCUCUGCUGAAGCACCAAUGGCAGCAAGCUGCAGAAUACAUGUACAGUUAUUUUCAGACCUUGGAAGAUUCAGAUAGCUACAAAAGGCAGGCUGCACCUGAGUAAUUUCUGCUUUGACAGAUUAUUUGGAAGCUCGGAAGUGAAAUUCUAUUUUAUCAUCCCAAAAGCAACAUGGAGAGUUUCAAUACUUUUGCUGACCGGAUGAAAAAUAUUGGCGUCAUGAAUUAUUUAAAGAUCUCCUUACAACAUGCAUUAUACCUUCUGCAUCAUGGAAUGCUUAAAGAUGCUAAGAGAAAUUUGAGUGAGGCAGAGACAUGGAGACAUGGUGAAAAUACGUCUUCCCGGGAAAUAUUAAUCAACCUUAUUCAGGCCUAUAAAGGGCUUUUACAGUAUUAUACCUGGUCUGAAAAGAAGAUGGAAUUGUCAAAGCUUGAUAAGGAUGAUUAUGCUUACAAUGCAGUAGCCCAGGAUGUGUUCAACCACAGCUGGAAGACAUCUGCAAAUAUUUCUGCAUUGAUUAAAAUUCCUGGAGUUUGGGACCCUUUUGUGAAGAGUUAUGUAGAAAUGCUGGAAUUCUAUGGGGAUCGAGAUGGAGCCCAAGAGGUACUCACCAAUUAUGCAUAUGAUGAAAAGUUUCCAUCAAAUCCAAAUGCCCAUAUCUACUUAUACAACUUCCUAAAGAGACAGAAGGCACCAAGAUCAAAAUUGAUAAGUGUGCUUAAGAUUUUGUAUCAGAUUGUACCAUCUCAUAAAUUGAUGUUGGAAUUCCAUACAUUACUUAGAAAAUCAGAAAAAGAAGAACACCGUAAACUGGGGUUGGAGGUAUUAUUUGGAGUCUUAGAUUUUGCCGGAUGCACGAAGAAUAUAACUGCUUGGAAAUACUUGGCAAAAUAUCUGAAAAAUAUCUUAAUGGGAAACCACCUUGCGUGGGUUCAAGAAGAGUGGAACUCCAGGAAAAACUGGUGGCCAGGCUUUCAUUUCAGCUACUUUUGGGCAAAAAGUGACUGGAAGGAAGAUACAGCUUUGGCCUGUGAGAAAGCUUUUGUGGCUGGUUUACUGUUAGGAAAAGGUUGUAGAUAUUUCCGGUAUAUUUUAAAGCAAGAUCACCAAGUCUUAGGGAAGAAAAUUAAGCGGAUGAAGAGAUCUGUGAAAAAAUACAGUAUUGUAAAUCCAAGACUCUGAUACUGAAUUUUAGUUAUUUCACAGUUGUAGCUACACAGUAUACCACCAUGAAGAAAUAUAUUGGUGAUGAGUUCUAUUGAGGAAUUUUGAAAAGAGAGAAGGAUUUAGAAAAAAGACUCUUUCUCGGCCGGGCGCAGUGGCUCACACUUCUAAUCCCAGCACUUGGGAGGCCGAGGUGGGUGGAUCAUGAGGUCAGGAGUUCGAGACCAGCCUGGCCAACACAGUGAAACCCUGUCUCUACUAAAAAUACAAAAAGUAGCUGGGCGCAGUGGCGGGCAUUUGUAAUCCCAGCUACUCGGGAGGCUGAAGCAGGAGAAUUGCUUGAACCCGGGAGGUGGAGGUUGCAGUCAGCCGAGAUUGCACCACCGUACUCCUGCCUGGGCGACAGAACUAGACUCUGUCUCAAAAAAAAAAAAAGACUCUUUCAGUAUAAAGACAUGACAGUUUGGGGCAAAAUAACCUCCUGCUAGAGAGAGACCUUUGACUCUAGAGGACUAAUUUGGGUCAUAGCAGUAGAGUGGGCUGGCUGUUUUCAGCUGGCACUGGCCUAACUUUAAAGGGCUCGGCUUUUUUGGUGCCUGGCACAGCAGUCUAAGAUCACAAGGUCAAGAGAUUGAGACCAUCCUGGCCAACAUGGUGAAACCCUGUCUCUACUAAAAAUACCAAAAAAAAUUUAGCCGGGCUUGGUGGUGUGCGCUUGUAGUCCUAGCUAUUUGGGAGGCUGAAGCAGGAGAAUCGCUUGAAACUGGGAAGCGGAGGCUGCAGUGAGCUGAGAUCGUGUCACUGCACUCCAGCCUGGUGACAGAGCGAGACUCUGUCUCGGAGAAAAAGAACUCACGCAUCCCCUCUCUUUUUCUCUUGGAAACGAGGAUGCAGCGGUAUUUGGCUGGACACUGGAGGAAACUCACCAGUGGAAUAGUGUCCCUGAGUCACACAGUAAACCCAUGGGGAAAACCUGGCCAGAAGCCAACAGCAACUUUCCUGGAACAUGAGCUGAGCUUUAUAAUAUGUUGGAAUAAUUGGUAGAAUAAGUGCUUCUUCAGAAAUGUCUUGGCUUUUACAUUUACUGCUGGAAUAACUAGUAAUUGAGUUCCAUGGAGACUCACUAACUUCAGAGCAAGUCUAAUAUUUAGAUGGCGAGACACACAUUUCCCUUUGGCUUAUAUUCCUACUAAUUCUAAACCAUCUGCAAGAAGGUUAGGGGGCAAAUUGUGCUUUGUCAAUAGUUUAUAUUUCAAUAUUACUUAGUAAGAAAGGUCUAUCAAUAAAGAAGCACUUAGAAAGUACAUGUAAAAUGAGUAGGCGUUCCACAGAGCCAAAAUAAACCAAGUUAAAGCUUCCUCAUAAAUAGGGAGUCCAUAAUUCGGUUGUGUAGGAGUUCUGUAUAAGACCAAUACUCUAGCAAUGAAAUUCCCAGACGAUGUGGAAAAAAUCUGAAAGCAUAGGCCAAGAUCUACUUCCUGAAACUUUUAGUCAAAAGCUAUAAAAUAGGACUAUGAUUUCUCUUGAUCUCUAAGAAAAUGGAGGUGAGAAUAAAAGAAAUGAGUAGUUUUGAUUCUUGGUUUCCAUACAAAGCUGUCUCAACAUUUUUACAUCAAAUGUUCUUAUCAAAUGUUCAGUAAGAGUAGUGCAAGUCACCUGUGAAACUUUUUUUAGGUCCACUGAUGUUUAAGCUGCUUCCAUGAAUAACAGUAAUAGCUAAAAUUGGGCUUUACCUUUCACUGUAAAACCACCACAGUCCUAUGAAUUAUUCCUAUUUUACCAAUAAAGAAAAUGAGGUCAUUGGAGAUGAAGUAACUUGCCAAGGUCACAGCUCAUAGGUGUUGGCACCAGGAUCCCAACCCAAUCAAUGUGGUUCCAAAGAUCACACUCUCAUGUAGUAUCUGUAUGGCCUCCCAGUGCAGUCAGUGUUGACUACAUGCAGAGAGCUGAGCCAGGUGGUGGAGUGAGACAAAGCAGCAAAAAGAACCCAGGUCUGCUCAUUUCUGCCUGCCAGCAUCAUUUCACAAAGCCCCUGACCCUGUGACGACAUGCAACUCUCUGGAAAGAUGCCUUGAAGACAAAACAGGGCACAGGGCACCCCCACAUCGCUUGCCUGAGUCACUACAUUCCUUAAAUGACCCCAGUCCUUGCCUUUUCUUACACAUGAGAUGUCUGAUGGGAUUAGUGAUUAUGCUUCUGUAAUCCAUAACCAGAUGUACUCUUACACCUAAACCUUGAUGAGAUUCUGCUUGAAUGUAACUUUUGAGCAAGUUUGAUGGGAUUUUGCACUGUACUGAACCCUACCACCUGUAUAUAAGCAGUGAGCUGAAAUACUGUGCUGGAACAGUCUGACAGGACUGCUUGCUUAUAUGGUUACUACUUAUAACCAUUCGUCACGACUAUUUUAAGACACUUUAGCAAUAACUAAAGAUAAUUUAAAGUCUUGUUUUCUCCUUGAAACCUCUGAAUGUAUAUAUUUAGGAUGUACAGCCUGAUGUUUUGAUAUACAUUCUGAAAUUAUCACUAUAAUCAAGCUAAUUAAUAUCUUCAUUACCUCUACAUAAUUACCAUUAUGUAUGUAUUGUGUAUGUAUGUGUGAUGAGAAGAUAUAAGAUCUUUCUUAACAAAUUACAAGUAUGUAAUACAGUACUGAACUGUCAUCACCAUGCUGGACAUUGGAUAUCCAGAAAUCGUUCAUCUUGUAUCACUGAAACUUUGUACCAUUUGACCAAUAUCACUCCAUUUCCCCCUUCCCUCAGCCCCUGGCAACCAUCUUACCCUCUGCUUCUAUGAAUUGGACUCAGAUUUCACAUACAAGUGAGAUGAUCGUGCAGUAUUUCUUUCUGUGUCUUGCCUAUUUUAAUUUUGCUCAGCAUAAUGUCCUCCAUGUUCUGAAUGGCAGGAUUUCUUCCUUUUAUAAGGCUGAGCAGUAUGUAAUUGUAAUUUUAUAAACCCUAUCUUAAUUCAUCAAAGGACGUUGAGUAAUGCUGCAAUGAACAUAGGAGUGCAGAUAUCUCUUUGCAAUCUUGAUUUCAAUUCUUUUGGGUAUAUACCCAGAUAUUUCUAUUUUCAAUUUUUUGGGGGAACCUCCAUAUUGUUUUCCGUAAUUUACAUCCCCAACAGCAGCAUACAAGUGCUUCCUCUUCUCUUCAUCCUCCCUAGCACUUAUCUUUGACCUUUGAUACUAUUCAUUCUACCAGGUGUGAGGCUGUAUCUCUUGGUUUGAUUAGCAUUUCCGUCAUGACUGGAGAUGUUGAGCACUUAUUCAUAUACCUGUUAGCAAUUUGAAUUUCUUUUGAGACGUGUCUGUGUAGGUCCUUUGCCCAUUUUUAAAGUGGAAUUAUAUUUUUGUUAUUGAGUUGUAUGAGUUCUUUCUAUAUUUUGGAUUAUUAGCCCCUAGCUGAUUAAUUAUAUGGAAUGUGAAUUACAUGUCUGUAAAGCUGUCAACACCCCAUUCCCUUCCCACCUCCCCUCAUAAAAAGAAAUAAAAGAAUGUUCUAUGGAGUCAGAAA